AUGAGAACUUUGAUUUUUACUGGUCGGCCUCUACGGAUUCAACGUACUCCCUAUAUUGCACACUGGGAAAGCCACCGGCAGGAUGAGAUCAGACAACUUACAAGCAAGGGGAAGAUACCACUUGACAUCGAAAUUGACCGCCUACACACCUCUGGUGAGCUGACCGAGGAGAUCGAAGACCAAUCAGUCAAAAGACCCAUGGGAAUGGUAUCCGGCCUAGUCAACAAGCCGGAUCAGCCAGCGGCGGAGAUUGUAGCUGAGAUCGUGGAGGACGCCACCCAGCUGCUUGGGUCAGCAUCCCACUAUUUGACAUUGCCCUCGAAGAUGUGA